UCCAGUCCUAUACACCAGAAAAAAAAACGAAAAAGAAACAGCAGAUUCGUUCUACGUGCGGUUCUGUCGUAACUUUUUUUGGACUGAGUUGGGAUUUACGAGGAAGUCUUCAAGAUGAUGUUGAAUAAGCUUGCUCGUGCUAAGGCUCUUUGUUCUGUGGCCAAGCGCGCCAGCGCUCGUUCUUACACGAACAUCUCGGCCGCUAAUGUCGAGAAAAAGCUGAACAAGUUCAGUGCUACAAUUACAGAGCCCAAGUCUCAGGGUGCUUCUCAAGCUAUGCUUUACGCUACUGGUUUGACCGAGGAGGACAUGGUUAAGCCCCAGGUCGGUAUUGCCAGUUGCUGGUACGAGGGUAACCCCUGUAACAUGCAUCUUUUGGACCUUGGUCGUCGCGUCAAGGCCAGUGUUCAAAAGGCCGGUCUUACUGGCUACCAGUUCAACACGAUCGGUGUCAGUGACGGUAUCUCUAUGGGUACCUCUGGUAUGCGUUACUCGCUUCAGUCCCGUGAGAUUAUUGCCGAUUCCAUUGAGACGGUGAUGAAUGCUCAAUGGUAUGACGCCAAUAUCUCCAUUCCCGGCUGUGACAAGAACAUGCCCGGUUCUUUGAUUGCCAUGGGUCGCUUCAACCGUCCCAGUAUCAUGCUGUACGGUGGUACUAUCCGUGCCGGUCACAGCAAGUGCCAGAACAAUGCUCCCAUUGACGUUGUCUCUGCUUUCCAAUCCUAUGGUCAAUACAUUACCGGUGAGAUUGACGAGACCACUCGCCACGACAUCAUUCGUCACGCUUGCCCCGGUGGUGGUGCUUGCGGUGGUAUGUACACUGCCAACACUAUUGCCAGUUGCGCUGAGGCUCUCGGUAUGACCUUGCCUGGUUCCUCUUCCUUCCCUGCCGGUUCGCCCGAGAAGUUCAAGGAGUGUGAGGAUGCCGGUGAGGCCAUCAAGCGUAUUUUGAUUGACGACGUCAAGCCCCGCGACAUCAUGACUCGUAGUGCUUUUGAGAACGCUAUGGUUCUUACCAUGGUUCUCGGUGGUUCCACGAACGCUGUGCUUCACUUGAUUGCCAUUGCACACUCUGUCGGCAUCAAGUUGACGCUUGACGACUUCCAAGCCGUCAGCAACCGCACCCCCUUCCUCGCUGAUAUGAAGCCUAGUGGCAAGUAUGUCAUGGAGGAUCUUUUCGCCAUUGGCGGUGUCCCCGCUGUCAUGAAGUACUUGCACGCUGAGGGUCUCAUUGACGGUUCUAACAUGACCGUUACUGGCAAGACUCUUGCCGAGAACUUGAAGGCUGCUCCCGAGUUGAAGAAGGGUCAACAGAUCAUUAAGGAUCUGAAGCACCCCAUCAAGAAGGAGGGUCAUUUGCGUGUCCUUCGUGGUUCUCUUGCUCCUGAGGGUUCCGUUGCCAAGAUUACUGGUAAGCAAGGUCUCUUCUUCCGCGGUAAGGCUCGCGUUUUCGAUGCCGAGAACCUCUUCAUUGAGGCUUUGGAGCGUGGUGAGUUUAAGAAGGGUGAGAAGACUGUUGUUGUCAUUCGUUACGAGGGUCCCAAGGGUGGUCCCGGUAUGCCCGAGAUGCUUAAGCCUUCUAGUGCCAUUAUGGGUGCUGGAUUGGGCAAGGAUGUUGCUCUCUUGACUGACGGUCGUUUCAGUGGUGGCUCUCACGGUUUCCUCAUUGGUCACGUUGACCCUGAGGCUCAAAUGGGUGGCCCCAUUGCUUUCGUUAAGGACGGUGAUAUCAUUGAGAUCAACGCUGUCAAGAAUUCUUUGGACUUGCUUGUUGACGAAGCUGAGAUGGCUCGUCGUCGUGCCGGCUGGAAGGCUCCUCCCUUCAAGUACCAACAGGGUACUCUCCUUAAGUAUGCCCGUAAUGUCUCCACUGCCUCCAAGGGUGUUGUGACUGACGCUCUUGACUAAAUGGCUUCUUGAUUCUGCUAUUUUUGAUUAAAAACAAUUGGUUUGGUUUGUAGGACUUGUAGUCGUAUGUAAAUAUAAAGUUCGUCUUCGGCUGCGGGGGAUCUGCUUUUUCGUCGUCGAUCACACUCACACA